CAUUUCGUCUCCCCCGCUCUUCCGGUGGCUAAGGCGUAUCUGCGGCGGACAGAGCUCUUCGUCGGUGAUUUUGCUGUCUCAGGGCAUUUGUUGUUGGUCGUGGCUUCCCAAUUGCUGACUUUCUAAUUUGCUCAAAUCUUGCUGAUGGCUAGGAAAAGGAAGUGUUCGUUCAUGGAUGACUUUCCUAGUGAUGCUUCUAACGGUCUUGGUGAUGAUGAAUUGUUGUUAUCUGGGAACUCUUCUGCUGCUGAAGAAAAUAAUGAGUCUAGUAAUGAUAGACUGUUUGAUUCAGAGGAUUCUAUGUCUGAUGCUCACCAUUUCGUUAAUGAGGCUUUGUGCAAGCAGUAUAUGAAAGAAUGUUCUAGGCUUGAGAUGUUGAAGAAGAAACUAAUAUCUUCUCUGAGUCAUAAUGUGAAGAAGAAGCCUGAUCCUAGACCUAAAGUUGGUUUUUCAAGGUUCUCUGUUUCAACUUUUUCUAGUGUGAUAAAAUCUCUCUCAACUAAUCAUCAAGAUGUGAUUCGGAAGUAUGGGUUUGGAUCUUUGCUUAUGUUUGAUGAGUGUUCUGUUCCUAGAAAUUUUGUUCAUUGGGUUGCUCGUCUUGUCAAUUUCAACUCUGGAGAUAUAGUUGUUAAUGGCAAAGUUAUAUCUCUUACCAAGGAGGCUGUUCAUUUAGUUCUUGAUCUUCCUUUUGGUGGUGAGCCUUUUCCUACUGAUUAUGCCUCUGGCAAGGCAUGUUUACUGUCAAGAUUUGGGAAGGACAGCGUACCACCUAUUAGCUACUUCUCUGAGGCCCUUAUUUCUAAGAAAGAAUUGUCAGAUGAUGAUAUGUUUGUUUGUUUCAUUGUUGUUGCAUUGAGUACCUUUCUUUGCCCCAAUUCUUCUGUUGUUCCAAGUCAGAGGUUCUUUGGCAUUUUUGAAGACCUUGAAAAGAUUCGAUCUUAUGAUUGGUGUGGUUUUAUAUUGUCAUGGUUGCUUGAGUACAUCAAGUUAUUCAAUCAGUUGAAGGGUUGCAAAUCUACUCACCAAGCCACUCUUGGUGGUUGUCUAUAUUUCCUUGCUGUAAGUUUUCUUUCUUUUUUUCUUUUUUCUUUUUUUGAUUUCUAAUGAAACUUUUCAUUUGUAUUUAAAUAUUUUCUCCUUAUUCAGGUUUUAUAUCUUGAUCAUGUUGAUUUUGGUUCCCAUCAAGUUCCUUCUACUAUUCCUCGAAUUUCAGUUUGGAAGAAAGACAUGAUUACUCGUUAUGCAAGUCUUGAUUUGAAAGAAGAAGGCUGCUAUGGUUAUCAUCCUAUUAUGGAUUAUUCAAGGACUUGCUAUGCUAAGGUUAUUUGAUAUUCUAUUCUUUUUUCUUUUGUUGUUGUUUUCUUUCAAUUUGUGUAACUAUAGUUUUGUAUUGCAUUUCUAUUUGUUUUUAGGAUUUGAGAUUGCUUCCUCAGAUUCGUGACCAGCAUAUUGAUCCUGAAUUUGUUAGUCAGCUUGAUCGUUAUGCUCGUUGUAAACUUCCUGCUGAAUUGAAGGAUGGUAUUUGCAACCUAAUUGAGAAGCAUUGUUUGAACUGUGGUGUUUCUGUUAAUUUUGAUGUGAAUUCAAUAAAUGCUUUAUCUGAUGAUAUGAGAUUGACCUUUAUCAAGCUCUGGAAGCAUGUGUAUUCUGUUACCAAGAUGUCUCAGCAUUUAGUUUUGGAGGUUAUUAAACUUUUGUCUGAGGGUAUUGAAAAUGAUGAAAAUUUAUGUUAUGAUGAUGGAGGUCUUCAAUCAUCUCCUGUUAUUCCUGAAGCUGAUCCUACGC